AUGGCCUCCGUGAAUCAGAGCAUCGGCUUCCUCGAGGACUCCCUCGUCAACAGCGAGUGUGGGAGAGACGAGCAGCACAACGAACGCGUGUCUCGCAUGAUUCAACUGGUGAAAGAAGGGCACGUCCUCACGCCAGACGAGAAACGGGGUAUUGUGUCGUGUAGAAAGAAUUCAAGGAUGAGGAGACUUCGCAGAGUGAAGAAGGAGAAGCUAGAGGCCUUCCUUCAAGGUCCCAAUGCGUUCAAGGCUAAUCGUAUCGGUGACAGGACCCUCUACAAUUGGGCAGAUGGAGGCACUGUCUUGACCACGUUAGAAGGGUUGGGCUCUGAAUAUGUAUUGUUCACGCCUCUGAACAUCAUGUCGCCGUCGUCGGUGGAAAUGAUAUCAGCGAUGUAUGAUUUCUCGCAAGAAGUCCCUCUCUUUGGGACUGGAGGGGCUCGAUGGGACUUCCCGGGAUCAAGUGUUAACGUGGGCGAACUGUUUGCGUUUGUCAACGAAGUUGAUCUGAGGGUCGACAUUUUCAGGGUCGAUGGGAUCUUGGACUCGGAAACAGGGCGUAGGGUGCACUGGGAUAUCUUUGGGCACGGUACCAGGAACGUAGCCGUGCUUUCUCCUUACAUUGGACGCAUGUCGUUUGGAGACUGGAAGACUUUUGUGCCUACAAAGGCCCUUGGGACCAUGCGUCGCAAGAUCAAGAGUGAAAACAAUAUCGCAGAUCGCAAGACCAAGACUGAAAACAUUUAGACUAGACUAGUGUUGUGUAGUUUAGGACGAUUUGUUUUUUUUGUACCUUGCAGUCUCGUCAAUGCACGAAAGGCUACCUCGUGGUACACGUUUGCCUGACGCGCCAUACACCGAAGUUGUGGGCGAAUAGUUUGUUACGAUAGUCGAGAUUAUUGU